GCCCUGCCUGCCCCUUGAUGUCACAAAGGGUGCCGUGCCUGCCCCGUGAUGUCACAAAGGGUGCCCUGCCUCCCCCGUGAUAUCACAAAGGGUGCCCUGCCUGCCCUGUGAUGUCACAAAGGGGGCCUUGCCUGCCCUGUGAUGUCUCUGAGGGGGCUCUGCUUGCCCCACGCUGUCACAAAGGGCUGUAACGGGCCAUGGGACACUGGGCACUGCAGAUGGGCACCACCUCAGCCUCUGCCAGCCCAACAGGGUUGGGAUCCUAUCACUGGGAUCCCACAGGUCACUGGGGAGGCUUUUCCCCAGCCUGUGGUGGUGACCUGGAGCGCCAGGGAUGGUGCCAUGAGGUACCUCAACAUCUUCACCGCAGGGGAGCUGGUUGCAGUCACGAUCCUGGUGCUGCAGCUCAUCCUGGUCGCUGCUGUGCUGCGGGACAAGCGUCUAUGGAGGAUCCGGCAGCACUGGAAGCAGCCAAGGGCAGCAAUAGCCCGGCUGGAGGAGCAGAGCAGCUUGGACAGGGCACAGAAGUCAGCAGAAGUGUCCCCUGGCAGCUCCCGACAAAGUUCCAUGAACUACAGGAAGCAAAGGUUCAUCCAAAGCUCCCAGGACACCUGGGUGCUCUUUGAGGAGCAGCACAGGGAGCUGGAGGCACAGCUGGCCCGGCAGCAAUACAGGGGAGGGGACUGCAGGGUGCUCCAGACCGAGAUGCUGGUGGAGCUGCCGGGACUGCUGGGGGGCAGAGAGUCUCCCCAGUGCCUUGCAGUGGAGCUGCCGGGGCCGGACAUGAACAAGGGAGCAGAAGAGGCCAAACGUAAGACCACAGGACAGUGCAGCAGGGACUACACGACACUGCAACGCAGAAGAUCCAUGGCCAGGCUUCUACCUAGACUAGUGGUGAUUGUAAAUCCCACAGUGUUGGAAAGCUGCAGCAGCAGCAGUAGCAGCUCCACGGAGGUGGAAUACAGCAGCACCACCACUGGAUGGUUCCUGGGGAAGCUCCGUGCACGGCUCCAGAGAUACCUGGAAGCCUCGCAGACACACUUUGUUCAGCGCCGCCGGGGCUUCUGCAUCCACCUGAGGUCCCAGUGGUGGUGGCGGUGCUGGACCCAGAGGAGAAAAGGGCGUAGUAAUCAUGAGUAGUCAGGGAGGGGUGGAGGAAUGGGGUGCUUCAGGAACCAUCUGGACAGCCCAAUCCCUGCCCCUCUCCAGAUCCCUCUGUAGAGCCCUCCUGUCCUCUAGCAGACACACACCCUCACCCAACCUGUCCUCUGCAAACUGACUGAGGGUCCCCUCCUCUUGCCCAUCCACCAAUGCUGUAGCACCAUCGCAGACGGUCACCAAUUUUG